UUGUUGCACUGCACCUGCUGGUGAGCCCCGUGGCUCGCGUCAGUAUUGCGCAGAUUCGGUUUGAACCGAAAGCGGAGUGUGACCUUCCCGGGCGACGGAGACCGGUAGGAGACCGAGCGAGAGGACCCAUGUCAGCACUCCCGUCCACAACCCUCGCCACGGAGAUGAACAGCAACUUAGCUGGAGACGAAAUCGGGAAGCUGUUUGUGGGUGGAUUGGAUUGGAGCACCACCCAGGAGACAUUACGAAACUACUUUUGUCAGUACGGAGAGGUUGUGGAUUGUGUCAUCAUGAAAGAUAAAAGCACAAAUCAGUCCAGGGGCUUCGGCUUUGUGAAGUUUAAAGACCCCAACUGCGUACGGACUGUCCUAGACACCAAACCUCAUAACCUGGAUGGUAGAAAUAUUGAUCCAAAACCAUGUACGCCUAGAGGUAUGCAGCCUGAAAAGACUCGGGCAAAAGAUGGCUGGAAAGGAAGCAAAAGUGACAGCAAUAAAUCUAAGAAGAUAUUUGUGGGUGGAAUUCCUCAUAAUUGCGGAGAAGCUGAACUCAGGGAUUAUUUCAACAGAUUUGGAGAGGUCACAGAGGUGGUAAUGAUCUAUGACGCAGAGAAACAGAGGCCUCGAGCUGUUCUGUCCCAACACCCUGCUGCUCUAUUGACUUUUGGUCGUUGGCUAGGUUUUGGAUUUAUUACUUUCGAGGCCGAACAAUCAGUGGACCAGGCUGUCAACAUGCAUUUUCACGACAUCAUGGGCAAAAAAGUUGAAGUGAAGAAGGCAGAGCCUCGGGACAACAAAGCUCCUGCCCCCAGUCAGCUGGCAGCCAAUCAGUGGGGACCCCGAGCCAUCUUAAGCACAGCCAAUGGCUGGGCAGCACAACCGGCUCCGAGCUGGCAGCAGAGCUACGGGCCUCAGGGUGUUUGGGUGUCUACAGGUCAACCUCUUGGUAUGUUUUCUGCGUAUGGAGCUCCUUUACCUGCUGGCCGAGGGGCACCUGCACAGCCUCCCUCUCCAUUUAAUGCAUUUCUAGUCGCAGCGCCACCUACAGGGGGAUUCGGGGCACCUCAGGGAUAUCCCCAACAGGGCUUUAGCACACAACCACAGUUUGGAUAUAGCUUUAGCACACCUCAAGGUGACCAAUUUGUAGCACAGGGAGUGCCUCCCCCUCCCGCCACACCAGGGGCAGGACCUCUGGGUUUUGCCCCGGCAACGACUCCCUCUCAGGACCUGAGCAAAGCCGCCCCAGCACAGCCGGACUUCUCCUACAGCCAGUAUGGUUAUGGGCAGGACCUGAGUGCUUUUGGUCAUAGCUUUGCCGACCCCAGCCAGCAAACUGCCUCAUACGCUGCACCCCCCUCUGCACCCUCGUCAGCAGCCCAACCGGCAGCGGGCAGCUUUGGAAGAGGACAGAACCACAAUGUACAGGGCUUCCACCCCUAUCGACGCUGAGCUGCUCUUCCACCCCCCGCCCCCCAAAUGCAAUACACAUCGUCAGGGAUACAGUCGUUUUGAUCGCAUACUGAACUGGAUUUUGGGAUUGUCUUUCUGAACAUUGCGAGCAAAUAUAAGGGGUUUUAUUGUGUGUAAAUUGUGGAACUGGGGCUCUACUCUGAUAAUAGGAGACCACCGUACUCUUCUAUAUUUUGUAGUAAGACUGAACUACUGAAGUAUUUAUCAAUAGAUUUGGAUUGUCUGGUGAGACAUCAGCACAGAACAGACACGGCAGACGUCAGUGACAGGGUCUCCCAAUUAUCAGCUUUAAUUCUGUUAGUGGGGAAAUGUUUUUAUUUUCAAUUUUGUGAAUUUUGUUUACUUGAUGAGCCUUUUACCAUUUUAUUUAAGUUUGAAAUAGAUUAAAAAUGUGUAUUAUACACCUAAACUGUGCAAUUUUUUAAAGAAUUUUGUACUAAUAUAUGUGCGCUUUUCUUGUUUUGUUUUUUUAUUAUUAUUUAAGGACGUAGACUUCCCUCAGGUGGCUAGUGGUGCACUUUGCACUUAUGCAAAAAAAGAAAAACUACAAAAAUGAGAGUUUAUUUGAAAUAAAUGAUUUAAAGAAGCUGAA